AUGCACAACGUCAGGCGCUGUGUAGUUGCAUUGCUCCGCACCCCCCCUCGUUACCUUUUCCCCACUGUAUUUACGCUUCCGUCUUGCCAAGCGGGAUCUGCGGUGGUGUGGCAGAUGUCUGGCGGCGUGGAGCCAAGGAUAGGGAUCGGAGGGACCCAAGGACUAGUCGGCCACCCGCGCCUGCAGCCUCGUCACCGCCACGGAACCGUCAUCUGCACGUUUGACGAGGUGCGCGAGAUGCGGCCAUUCACGCGCCAGCGCCUUUCCUCAUCCCUCCGAACCUCUUCCUCUCCGCCCUCCAGUAGUGGUGAGUGCAUGCGUGCACACCUGACUUGCACACCUCCCUCAUCCCCCCCCGUCAUCCUCUCUCCCCCAUGUCAUCCUCUCUCCCCCCUGUCCUCCUCCCCCCUCCCCGUCAUCCUCUCUCCCCCCUGUCCUCCUUCCCCCCCCCGGGUCAUCUUCUCUACCCCCUGUCCUCCUUCCCCCCCCCCCCGUCAUCCUCUCUCCCCCCUGUCCUCCUUUCCCCCCCCGUCCUACUCUCUCCCCCCUUCCCCCCCCCGUCAUCCUCUCUCCAGCCUGUCCUCCUUCCCCCCCCCGUCAUCCUCACUCCCCCCUGACCUCCUUCCCCCCCCCCCCCGUCAUCCUCUCUCCCCCCUGUCCUCCUUUUCCAAUCCGUCAUCCUCUCCCCCCCCUGUCCUCCUUCCCCCUCGUCGCAUCUCCCAAUCGCCCUCGUCGCAUCUCCCAAUCGCCCUCUUCGCAUCUCCUAAUUCGCCCCCGUCGCACCUCCACGCCGCUGCCCGUAUUGUUGCCUGCCACGUCUCUUUGCAACAUCGCUGCGUCGUCGCGGCUACGCAGCAGUCUGUUCGCCACAUUGCGGCAUCCUCACCGCGUCAGCGCCUGCUUGUCGCGUCGCCAUGUGAGCGACCCAUUCGUCUAUUAGCAGCCUCGCUGCCACCUCGCCAUAUCGCGAACGUCGCAACCUAUGCGCCGCGUUGCCUCGUCAGCGCCAUCCGCCUCGUCGCAUCCUCCUCACCCUCUCGCCACCUCGCGAAAGUCGCCUCCGCGCUGCUUCCCAUCCUGACCGUGUCACCUCCCCACUCAUCGCCGCCUCGCCUCCCCACUCUCCUUUCUGCCCGCCCCCCCUGUCCUGUCCCCUUCUCUCCUCCCUGUCCUCCUCUCCUCCCCCUGUCCUGUUUCCUCCUUUCCCCCCUGUCCUGGGCCUCUCUCUCCCCCCUGUCCUGUCCCCCCCUCUCCCCCCUGUCCGCCUCUCUCUCCCCUGUCCUAUCUCCCCAUCUCCCCCCUGUCCCCCCUGUACUUCCCCUUCCCCCCAGGUCGCACUUUCCUUCCCCUCUUCUCCCAUCCCUUCCCUUCUAA